AUGGCAACAUCUAAAAAGACAAGUGAUCCAAUUAUUCAAGGUUUAUCUAAAUUAAUUGAUGAUCCAUUAACAGAUGAAAAUGAAAAAAUUAAAUAUAUACACAAACGUAUUUACAUGAAUUAUGAGAAAAAAAAAUGGAUUAAUGUCAUUGAAGAUGUUAAUUUAUAUCAAAAAAUGACGAAGUCAAAAAAACUUGAAAUAUUAAAAAUUAAAAGUGAAUUUCAACAAUUUUGCCAUAAAUCUCGAAUGGCAUUAAUCGAAAUAGCAGAUGAUAGUGAUAUCGAUGAUGAUGAACGUGAACGUUUUUUUUUUACUUUAUGUGCAAAAAAUGCUGACGAUUUCAUUAAUGAUAAUCGACCAUUUACACAAUUAUUAUUUAUAUCAUUUAGUGAUAUUGAUCGUCUUUAUUAUUUAACAAAAAAAAUUAAAUAUGUACCAUAUUUUUAUCGAUGUGACUUACGUAGGUUAAUAACAAAUUCAAAUAAUGUAUGUAUUCAAUUAAAAUAUGAAUUAAUAAGUUCAUUUAUGUAUCUUUCUUAUUUAUUUAUAUCAUCGGCACAAGUGUUAAAUUUAUAUGAUGAAUAUUUUUGUACAUGGUUUGAUGAAGAUGAUUUAAUGAUAUCAUUAAUAAUUUAUGGUUCACGUAAAUCUGAUAUAUCACUUGGACAAACAAUGAAAGAAUAUAAUGAAUUAUAUACACGUUUAAUUGAACGUAAGUUUAAAUUAAUAGCUAAAACUCACAUAUGCAUCAUGUUUAUUUGAGGUGGUGGGUGUGGGUGUUGCUGAGAAAAGAGAAUCUACACUCACACCCACACCCACACCCCACAAUGGGAAAUUAUGGUAGACAAAAAAAAUGAUUUUCAAAGAUCAUCAAUUUAGAACAAAUCACGGUUACGAUUUAGACAUAUUGCUUAGCCCCUAUUAUAUGCAAAAAAUAUUUUAUUUAAAAUUGUGUCAUAUUAACAGUUCAUCGAGGACAUGUUGGCAUUUUUACAAUAUUGCCAAUGACUGCGAGCUGAUCCCUAUUUGCAUUUGAAUUAACUUGUGGAAAAUUCAAUUCAUUAUCAAAUGUCAAAAAUGUAUCGUGAUGAGGCAGAUGAGAUGAGGAUGGUCGAAUUAUUUUUGAUGACUUACGUCUCUGUUCAUCAUUUUCUACUUCACCAUUUGAAAUUGUGUGAAUAGUACUUUCACAUUCAGCCAUCUUCUUAUAACCUUCUCUAACAAAUUGGUGGCGGAGAAUUAUUAUAUGAAAAAAUUGAUCAUGGAA